UCAGCUGUAUAGCACCAAAGCCACAGCUGACCCAUCACGUGGUACGAAACGAGGAGAUCUCUACGGCAAGUAGUGGCGGAGCGACUUCAACGACCCUCAAGACAUCAAGAAAAUGGCCCGCUCCAACGUCCGUUACGGCCUGAACAAGGGCUUCCCUACAACCCCCAUUGCGAAGGCUGUCCGCCCCAGCCAGCGCAAGGGCGUCACCUCUGCACGCACCACGUUUGUGCGCUCUGUCGUCCGGGAGGUCGCGGGCUUCUCGCCGUAUGAGCGUCGGGUAAUGGAGUUGCUGAGGAACUCCAAGGAUAAGAAGGCUAGGAAGCUCACGAAAAAGCGGCUCGGCACGCUCCUGCGCUCGAAGCGCAAGCUGGAGGAGCUCGGCAACAUCAUCCAGGAGAGCAGGAGGGCAGGUCACUAAAUCGGCGCUGUAGUGGUCGUGAUGCUCUCGUCUCUAGUUCUCUAUCGGCUCACGGGGGUCGGUGGGUCUAUGUCAUGCCGCUAUGCGUUCGCUGUAACAUAUGCGUCUCUACGGUGCCCUGCUAUGCAUACUCUCGCCAUUGCAAGUGGAAAGUCGCAAAUGCGAGUGCUGUAUUGCGUUCACCGAACUAACCUACAUAAAGAAUGACCGGAUUAUGCACCACGAGGAUGACCUGAGGAUGACCAAUGAUCCCGCGGCAUUCCAGUCUGCGACGCAUCGGCCUCAGAAUGUCGGACUGACGACACCCGCUUCGGGGCGCCUUAUUGCCGCGGCGAUCUUCGUGAGAUGUGUUGCAGACCAAGG